GCGUUUGGAGCGACCAGGAGAAAGGGACGGUGGCGCAUUUGGACAUCUCGCAGAAUGACUACAGAGGGGCUUUCACCCUUGAGGAAUUUCAGGUCGUCCUUGUGAGAGGCUACCCACAUCACACGCGCGCGCAGCCCCCCACUCCUCCUCCUCUCUUGUCUCCUCCCCUUUCCAGCAUAACCCCCUUCAAUCCUCCUCCGCCCCCCCUCCCUCACCGGGAUGGAGCGUCUUUGAUACGGCGAGCGGUCCGCGCACGAUCAUGCGUCCGGCCGGUCCGUGUGUGGGAUGCUGUGCGACCGCUGCGGCGCGCCGUCUGGACCGGAGUGCGGGAAUUCAGGGGGGAAGAGUGAAAGAGUCUGAUUUGUGACUGCAUCAGCCUGCAUCUGCAGCCGAGGAGGGUCCCCCCUCCUCCCGCUGUAAUAUUUAUGACAAAACGGAGUCCAAAUAUUCCGGUCACGUUCCUGGCUGACAGCCGGCUGUCCUGGAGCGCGCUGGAGUGAAGCGCGGUCCGCUGCUGGAGGAGGCGCAGCGCACCGACACCUGCAGUACAAUGUGAAGGGGAUUCCCACCAACCCGACUGAUACGACGCAGAGCUGGCCCUCAUCGUCACCAAUCGCUUUGGGCUCAGAGGAAACAGAAGCAGAGGCCAUGGUCCGGUGUGGAGGCUGCUGUUGCUAUGUGUAGAGAACUGCUGUGGCGUCAAUGGAGACUGAAGGCUAUCGUGACCUCCUAGAGACCAGCGAUGGUCAGGGGGUGGGCCUGCUGGAUGGAGGGAGCGAGGUGGGCGUGGAGGAAGGCUGGAGCGAGCCGUACCCUCUCAGCUUCCAGGUGUCCUUGACCACAGUGCUGAUGCUGGAACUUGUGUUGGGCUUCAGCAGCAACCUGACCGUCCUCGUGCUCUACUGCGCUCAGUCCAACCUGGUGGAUUCCGUCAGCAACCUGGUGACAGUCAACCUCCAUGUUCUGGACAUACUGGUCUGCUUGCUGUGUCUGCCGCUGACGGUGGCCGUCAUCCUGCUGCCAGCUAACGAAAACGGGGUGGGUAGCUUGGCCACGCUCUGCUGCUUCCACGAGGCCUGCGUCACGUUCACCAGUGUGGCCACCGCCGUCAACGUGCUGGUCAUCAGCUUGGACCGCUACGACAUCUCAGUGCGCCCGGCCAGUCGUCUGCUGACCCCGAGGCGCGCCGCUCUCCUCCUGGCAGCGGUGUGGGCGGUGUCUCUGGCGGUCUUCUUCCUGCCCUUCCUUGAAGGCGACUUUUUCUCCUCGGCCACCGAAGAGGACGAGGAUGAGGAGCUGGAAAGGCACAGCAAUGACUCAGAGCUCGCCACGGGAUCGACCCCCGUGUAUUCGUCCUUCCCUCCUUCCGUUUCACAGCCGACUCCGCCCCCCUCCCUCUCACACCAUCUGCAGCCAGCAUGGCAGAACAGGACUUUGCUGUGUGUCGGGGGGCAGGGCUACUACACGGGCCUGGCGAUGUAUUAUCACUUGUUACUCCAGGUGCCCUGCUUCUUCAUCGCCGUGGCAGUGAUGCUCUUCACCUACUCCAGGAUCUUACAGGCGCUCAACAUCCGCAUCGGCUCCCACAUGAUGAGGAGCACCCGUGCGAAGGACUCCACCUGCAGGAUACGCUGCAGGAGGCAGAAAAGGAAGGACUUGAGCCUGCCAACCGAAGCGGCGUCCUCCAACCAGAACCCGAACCAGAACCACCCUCCUCUAAUCCCUUCAGCGACUCCGACACCAACAUCUCCCCCGCCACUGUCCUCCAUCCCCCAAGGAGUUUCUGACAGUGGCGCUACGGUGACUACCGUCAGCACUGCUGCUACAACCCCCAUUGCAACCACACCAGCAACCCCUGCCUCUCCAACCCCGGCUUCAGCUUCAGCUCAGACCCGCGCCUCCACCCCUCUGCCUGCAUCCUCCAUGGGCGUGCAGGCCUCCGUUUCUGCAAUAAUAGCUCUGAGGCGGGCGGUGCGCAGGCACAGGGACCGGCGAGAGCGCCAGCGCCGAGUUCUAAAAAUGUCCCUAAUCAUCAUAUCCACCUUCUUGGGCUGCUGGGCUCCUCUGUCUGCAGUCAACGUGUUGAUCCUGUGUAUGGGCCCCAGCGACAGCCUGGUGAGGCUCCGCCUGUGCUUCCUGGCAAUGGCCUACGGAACGACCAUUUUCCACCCUCUGCUCUACGCUUUCACCAGGCAGAAACUGAGGCGAGCUCUCAAAACGCGCGUCAAAAAAAGGGUGGUGUCGCUGCUGCAAGUGGACCCAGCUCCCAGCGGGGGCACCAUCAUUCAUAACUCUUGGGUGGAGGGCGGAGGCCAGAGGAAGGGUCGCAAGUCGCGGGUGGAAGCCAGCGACGGCACUGAUCGAUGCCUCACUGACACUGUGAGGGAGUAAGGCUUGAAUGGGGUGUGUGCUGAGUUUGAAGAACCGCAUUUAUCUCUCCGAACUGACAGAGAUGGAUGUGUGCGCAUGUGUGUUGGGAUAAAUAACGUGUGUUGAAACGAGAGACAGUUAGUUUACAAAGGUCAAGACAAAUCUCACGGCCUCCGGCUCCCAGGUAGUGCUGCCACAAACGAUUAUUUCAAUAGUCGACUGAUCACCGAUUAUUUUUUCCGAUUAGUCGACUAAUCUGGUCAUUCGCAAACUGGAUGUAGAGCACACAUCUUAACCAUCAAUAGCUUUAA